AUGAAAUUCUCCCUUGUUGCCGCUCUUGUUGUUCUGCUGGCUGUUGCCCACGGCUCUGAGGCCGUGUCACUGGUGAAGCGUGACGUCCAGUCUGACAUGGACAGGAUCACCGAGUUCAUCAAGGAGAUGUCUGCCACCAUCACCAGCUCAACCCAGGACAUGGUGGAGAGGGUGAAGGCGGGGACCAACACUGCCCAGACUUACAUUAAGGACAGCAAGGCCCAGAUCCAGCCCCUGGUUGACAACGUCCAGGCCGAAGCCGCCAAGCUGCGUGAGCAUGUCAAGCCCUUCAUCGCCAACAUCGACGAUACGAUCAAGCCCCUGACCGACAACUUCCAAGACCAGGUCAAGCCUCUGACGGACAUGAUGGUGAACCUCUUCCAGCAGAUGCUGAACCAGACCAUGGCCCUGCUCCCCCCUCAGUAA